AUGGCCGAUGACUUACGGGGUCUGGGCCAUUGGGAACAGAUCACCAAAGGGUUUCGGGACACCCAGACGUAUAAUAACAUUAACUGCAGCUCCGGAGAGCAGGUGCUCCACUUCAAGGUCCUGCGAGAGAAAAACGGGAAGUACCACCUUUGGGACGAGAAAUUCAACUCCAUCAACGAACUGGUGGAUUUCUACAGGACCACUACCAUCGUGAAGAAGGGCCAGCUCUUCCUCCGAGAUCAUGGGGAAAUGCAGGAGCCCAAGAAGGCAAAAUAUGUGCAAGCUCAGUUCGAUUACGCGGCCGAAAAUUCGUCCCAGUUGAGCUUCUGCAGAGGGGACGUCCUUGAGAUCCUGGACGGCUCCGACCCUAACUGGUGGAGGGGGAAGUUAGGGGUGAAAACCGGCCUCGUGCCCCGAAACUACGUUUUCCCUCUUCGCCUGUGAUCCGCUCUGACCCGUCUGGAGGCUCACAUUCCAGGAGCUGAAGAAAACCUCUAGAAGUGGAGAUCAUGGAAUACAAACAUGCCUCUUGGAACUUCUCACAUGGUACCUGACCUUCUUCAUAUUACAGCCCAAAGAGAUACGUCAGGAGUUGGAAAAUCUGGGUUUUCCCACGACUAUUGCUAGCCAACAUGGGGCCAGUAUUCUGCCUUUCCCGCCUUAAACAGCGUUUCAUUUGGACUCCAAUUGGGGAGACCUGGGUUUCUAGACCCCCCCUCCCAAGAGCCAGAAAAUUGACGCAGUGACCCUGGAAUUAUUUCUCUCUUCCACAACAGUAAGAAAUAAAAGCAGUGGGAAAACGCAAUGAGGCAGAAAAGAAAAUGCUUAAAUCCAUACGGACACAGGACCCCAUAAAAUCGGCACUGUGAAAUUCCCAUCUCCGGCAACACAAUGGAGUAAUUGUGUGGUCACACUGGCAGUUUGAAUCGGUUUCUGAUCAGACUUUUAAAAAAUCAGAUUCAAGUCACGUGGCAUUUGAACCGGUGACCACAUUCCCAUGAAAAUAGAUUUAUUUCUGGUGAUUUAAACCAGUUUUGGCAUCUACUCUGCUGAAGUCAACUCAUUUCCACGAAAACCACAUUGAACCGAAUCAACUUUAGAAGUGUUUUAAAGAGCCCCUGGUUGCCAGUUGGGGGGAAAAAACCUCGAUUGGCAGACCAUAUAAAUCGAUUUCGCCCUCGCAUUGUGUAAACGAUAAAAUAUAAAUUGAUGCUUUUAAACAAUGCUUAAAUGCGGUUCUUAUUGCCAGUGUGAUGGCAGCCCACAGCGCCCACUGAAUUCCUAGUAGCAUGCUUUAAUUGGAGUGUCGUUAAUUGGUGGGUCUUCACUGGUCCUAGCUACAUCCUUGUAAAUAAUAUUCAGCUAGAUUCUGGUCACUGUAAAUAUAGCAAAAUGACUGAAAAAUAAAAGCCGCAUCUGGAAAACCCUCUAUUUCAUUUUUUGCAAAACCACAAAUCUGUAGGUUCAUGAUGCUGCUGCUGAAACCCAUUUCUCAUCAGCUGGGCUGCAAACCGGGUAAGGUAUCCGGAGCCUCCAGAGAAUCGCUGUACGGACCUUGCUUCCCUUUCUAGUAUCUGUUGACUUCAUUUCUCGCCAGCGUUCCAGGUAUUCGCAGUGACCAUCAACAAAUGAGGCACCCUCAUUCCCACGCUUAGGACAUUUAACAGGUUGCCAGAAGAUUUCCAUUAUUUCUCAUACUAGGUUAAUCACCAGCCAAUAGCUUCUAGGAUGUAUUACAGACCUUGUCUUCUCCAGGUGUUCCCUACUCAGAGGAAGAACCGCAAAACAGCUGGUCGAGUCAGAGCAGGAUGAGGCACCAGCUUCACAGUCGCAAGGGGAUAAAACAUUUUCCCUCCAGAGACAGGGUUCCAGCAGAUCUCCAUGACCGAGCAAUCCGACUCACCAACAAUGCCCGUUGCAUCCCAGCCUCCUGAUUCCCACUCACAAAAACAAACACAAGCCGGUUUGUGCUACAGCCAAGUGGGAACGCACGUAGCCUCUGCCCCUCGGCGUUAUUCUUGUAGUCUCCAGAUUCCGCCACCCAAUUUUUUUCCCAUCUGGGGAGGAUGAAGUAUUGCCACUCCUAAGAGCCCCCAGGAAGUGUCGUUUACCAUUUAGACAGAUCACCAGGUUCCCCUGUGCCAUCUUGUUUCCAAAUCCUGGCUUGUUUGCUCUCUCUCGAGUCAUUCCCAAAGCCUGGUGUUUGCAAAGGGGCUGCUCACCGAGAGAGACACGUCGCCCGCUUAUCUGGGGCAAGCAAGACCCUCGGCUGCAUCUGACCCCCGCUUUGCCUUCCCCAGUAUAAGCCACCACAAAGAGCAGAACAGAGCGGGGUGGGGGGUGGGAUCUGGUUGCAUUUUGAAAAACAAAUGUGCAUAACCAUUUAUCCUCCCCAAUCCAUAAAAGCAUUUCUGUUCCCUCUUUAGAGACAAGGAAAAAGUCCUGGAGGACAUUCCUUACUUUCUUCUGGGUUUAACGCCACUUCUUCUUUGGCAGGCCAGGCAGAGUCCAGUCAAAAUAUUUAUUGGCUCCUUGAGACUCAGGGAAGCACUUUUGCAACCAAAUUUUAACAGCUUUUAAUUUCAGAAAGAUUCUAGACCUCAUGGUUACAAAAGAAAAAUGCCAAUCUAUGAUAGCCAUAUGCCAGAUCCCAGCAUCUUCUAC